UUUCUUAGUGCAGCCCUGUCACGGGCAUCGAGUACAAGUGCAUGCCAACAACAAUGCGCGCAUUGUGCAUUUGGUUUUCGCUUUAAAAAACUUUUAAAUUAUACAAUUCGCACACGCACAGCAUAAGAAAAAUGUCCGAAAAGUGUGUGUGGUCAUAUAAACAAUAAUAUGCGCAAGGAAACAGCAGUAUUAAUAGGCAUAAAACAAACAAAAAGUGAAUCAGAACACACGCACGCACACACGCAAAGCCCAUACUGGCACACACGUACAUACACCUGCAACCCGCGGCACCCGCGCUCUCUGAAACCAGAAAUAAGUGCAAGUGAAGCAGCAGCAACAGCAGCGACGACUACAAACAAACACACAGCAGAAGCAAUUGGGGAAAAAUAGCUGCAACAGAGCAGAAAGAAAGGGAACAAACGCGACAACUAGAAGCAAAAGUGGAAGUGCAGCUCCACCCCCAAUUUGGUGUUGCAGUGCCAGCAGCAGCAGCAGCGACAACAAUAACAGUCGCAGCUAAGCCAUGGCGCAGCGUUAGCAACAAAAAACAACAACAAUAACGGGGCGCACGCUUCGCUGCCCUCGCGACAGCAUUUCAAGCUUCGUCGACGCUGUGCUGCAUUUGGAAAUAAUUAGACUUCACUUUAGUAGCAAUUUUCUGACAGCAGCAGAAGCAACAAUAACAACGACAAGCGAAUCGAUAACAUAAAAUAAUUAAUUCAUACAUUUUGGGUGUCCAAAAUGGAACUAAAAGUGUGGGUUGAGGGCAUACAGCGUAUUGUGUGCGGCGUAACGGUAAAUACCACUUGCCAGGAUGUGGUGUUUGCCUUGGCCCAUGCCACGGGCAAAGUGGGUCGAUUUACGCUAAUCGAACGCUGGCGCAAUAAUGAACGACAUCUCGCGCCCAAUGAAAAUCCCAUGAAGCUGCUGCUCAAAUGGGGCGAGUAUGCAAAUGAUGUGCAGUUUAUAUUGCAGCGAUCCGAGAACAAGCAGCAGCCCACACAACAACAACAACAACAGCAGCAGCAACAGCAACAGCAGCAACUGCCCAACAACAACUAUGCAGUCAUGAUUACUAAAAAGCCGCUUGGCCCCAGCAACAGCAACAACAACAAUAAUAAUAAUGAGAGCAAAUUGCCGCCGCCGCCCACAUUGCAAAAGCAAAAGUCCAGCGUGGAGCUGGGCUAUCGCACAAAAGAGCUGAAAAAAAGUUUUGGCGGUUAUGAUGCCAAACAAUUCGACAACAUUGGCAUAGUUAAAGGCAUACCACAGCAGCAGCAGCAGCAGCAGCAACAACAACAGCAACAUACGCAGCAACAGUUGCCGCCGUCGAGCAAAACGGCCCCGUUGCUGCCCAAGCAUGAGAAAUCGCUCUCGAAUCCGUUGGAUAUGAGUAGCAGUAGCAGCAGCAAUGCGCCCGCACUAAAUGAUUACAGCGAUUUAUACAACAACAACCACAGCAGCAGCAAUGGCAACAGCAACAACAAUCCACACAUUUACAGUCAGCUGAGUAAAUCCAGCAAUGAGCUGCGACGCGCUAGUCCGAAUGAAUAUAACAACAACAACAACAAUAGCAAUAGCAAUAGCAGCAAUGAGCACUUAUGCGACAUCUAUGCCAAUAGCAACAUUAGCAACAAUAACAAUAACAAUAACAACAACCACUCACCGGAGCUGUACAAACAGACUCCCACAAUUUCAUCAAAUGGCGCACUGGUGCCGCCACCAUAUCGUGAUCCGCCGCCACCACGCAAUAGUCCCAUGUGCCAGACUCAACGCUUGCCGGCCAGCAGCAGCGCUGCUGAGACCAUAUCCAACGCAUCCUCCACAACAAAUCCAUUUCUCAGUGACUACGAGCCACACAACAUAAGCAACAACAACAACAAUAACAAUCAUCUUAGCAAUCAGUGCAUGGAUGAGGGCGAGAGCAUGUUCCAGGCCACGCAAUAUAAUGAUCUACUGCAAUUAAUCAAGUUUCAACGCGAAAAAAUUACGGCACAGCAAUUGGAGCUGCAAAAGUUUGAUACAGAAAUUGGGUUUUUGGAGAGCAGAGAACGUGAUCAUGCGAUUGAAUUGGAGGUCAUAUCACGUGAGAUAUCCAAGGCGGAUCAAAUUUUUAGGCAAGGUAGCGAACAGCUGCAAACGCUGCAGUAUGUAGAGGAGGAGAACGAACUGGUCAAGCAGCAGGAGAAGACACUCAAAUCCGAAAUUGCUUUGCUACGCUCCAAGCUGGCUAAUUGUGAGACAGAGCUUCUACAGUGCAAGAAUAAAAUGCGUUUGCUCAUGGAUGACAUUGAGCUGGAGCAGCAGCAGCAGAGCAAUAGACAAACUGUGGAGCGUGAUUUUCUGAUUGAAAUGGAGCGCAUACAAAGCGACAUAGAUCUGGCGCUGCAUAAUACAGACACAUCUAACAAAACGGCUGACAAUCUCAAAAAGGAGCUGCUUAUGAUUGAACAUGCUAUUGCAGAGAAAAAGCGUCAAGUGGAACAAUUGGUCAACGAAAUGAAGGAAGUGAAUCUGCAAAGCCUUACCGUAACUACCACCGAGGAAAUCAAGCAUCUGCUCGAGGGACCCAACAAGCAGGGCAGCAGCCGCCGCAUUAUAGGUUCACCACGACAAUUGGAGACGGCCGUGCCCACCAGCAAGAAUCCUCACGGCGUUUGGGUCUAAAACCGCGCCUCAUUUAAAAGCAACGAAAUAUUUUUCUAUACUCAAGUAACUUGGGGAACAAAAGAUGAGGAAAUGAUUUACAUAUCUUGAAUACGUAGAGCGCCAAUCUCUAUAUCACAAUAUUUGCAAAGACACAAAUUUACAACGAUAUAAUCAAUGCAUAUUUCUUCUUCAGAUAAACAAAAAACCUAAUGGAUCUCUUCAAGCAAUGUUAAUUGUUACAAAUUUUAGACACAACCCACACAAUAUUAACUUAUUAGUGCACAACAUUUUUUCAUAGAUUUUAAUAAUGUUCAUUAACUAGUUGCAAAUUUUUUAAGAAAUUUCUCAAAAACAAUAACAUUCCCACAAAUAUGUUUAUAAUUUGUAUGUACUUAAAUCUUUUGUGCUAUAACUAUUGAUUUUUAACUUAAACUUUUAAAUAUGCCUAAUUAUUAUAACAUAUUUUGUUGCUAGUCUAUAAAAUGUAUUUCAAUCAUUCACCGUGCGCCAUUAGAAAACGUAAAUUGUUGCAAUAAUUGUAUCUAAACGAAAAUGUAAAACGCCUUUUUAAUGUUACAUUUAAGUUGUGCUGUUAGUGAUUUAUAAACCCAUUCCAUUCUAAAUAGAUUUAUAAUUAUAAUUAAAUAUGUACUUAGCUCUUGCAGCUUUAGCAAAAGAA